AGACACAUCUAUAUCAUCUGGUCAUUACCAUCAACUAAAUAUGUGGCCUUGACAAUUGCAGAAUUGAUCUUCUCACUUUCUUGGAGCAAAGAUUUGAAUUGACAUUGGCUUCAUCGAUGGUACAAUUCCAGAACCAGACGCAACUAACCCUAUUCAUCCUUUUUGGGAGCGAUGUAAUACCUAUGUUCUCCGUUGGCUUAUCCAGUCUAUGAGCUCUGAGAUCGCUCGAUCUGUUAUAUGGAGAAAUAAAGCUUCAGACGUUUGGGCAGAACUCAAAGAAAGGUUGUCUCAUGCAAAUCUUUUCAGAAUUUCUGAGUUACAAGAAGAAAUCUAUAGUUUCAAACAAAGAGAUUUGUCUGUAACCAAGUAUUAUACGGGUAUGAAAAUUUUAUUAGAUGAACUUGAUGUUUUGAAUCCAAUACCUGUUUGCACAUGUAAUGCGAGGUGCACUUGUGGUGUCCUGACCAAACUAAAGAAUCAAAGGAACGUUGAUGUUGUGGUGAGGUUCUUGAAAGGGUUAAAUGAACAAUAUUCUAAGGUCAGAUCUCAGGUCAUGCUUAUCGAUCCCCUUCCUACUAUCAACAAGGUAUAUUCCCUCAUCGCUCAACAAGAAAGGCAGUUCCAUGUCGAACAUUCCGAAAAUUCUAAGAUUCUCGUCAACAUCAGUGAAAGCUCUAACCAAGAACUGAGGAAAUACAAUAAUUACAAAGGCAGUAAUCAUCAGAAAUUUCAACAGCAGACUGGAAAAAUAUGUUCGCACUGUGGAAGAAUGGGACACACUGUAGAUGUUUGCUAUAAGAAACAUGGAUUUCCCCCAGGGUUCAAAUUCAAGAACCCCAAGUACGCAAGUCGGACAACUAAUGUGGUGGUUUCUGACAAUUUGGCAAACACUGGAGAGACAAGCAACGGUGCCCAGGAACAAACGUUUGGGUUCACGGCUGAGCAAUACCGAAACUUGCUAGCCCUGCUUCCACAAAAUUCCAACGAGAACCUGAUUGAUCAUAACAGCAAUGUGCAAGUGAAUCUGUCCACAGUACAACAACAUAGCACCGUUCCUACUCAUAAUGAGUUCCAGUACCUGCAAGAUGAUUGGUACAACUGAGAUUAGAGAUGGGCUUUACCUCUUGAAGGAUCCUACAAACACUCAUUCUUAUAUUUCCAUGCUUCAUACAGACACUGAUAACUGUAAUUUGGUUGCUGUUAAUAAAAAUCUAUGGCACUAUAGGUUAGGCCAUCUUUCUUUGGAUAGAUUGAAUGUUUUGCAGAAACAAUUCCCUUUCAUCAGUAAUAAUAGACACUUUGAUUGUGAUAUAUGUCAUUUUGCUAAACAAAGGAAAUUGCCAUAUACUCUGAGUGAAACUAAAUCUAAUAAAAUUUUUGAUUUGAUUCAUGUU